GUGCCGCCUGCGGGAGAGAAGGGGAGCGCCCAGGAAGAGGAGCGGGGGCCUGCCAGGCAGUUGCAGCUUCAGGGCGGGGGGCAUCCGAGGCAGACUCAGCCCUAGGGAAGUGGCACUCCAGGGACCCCUAAUCCUCAGGGGACUCCACCGCGGCUUGCUUUUCUACGGGAUGUUGGAAUUUUUGCAGCGCCCUGUAGUGGUGACGGCUGAUGUCAACCUCAGCGUGGUGGCUCUGACUGUGGUGGGGUUACUGAGCCGGCUGUGGCGACUCACCUAUCCCAGGGCUGUGGUUUUCGACGAAGUGUAUUAUGGGCAGUACAUCUCUCUCUACAUGAAGCGAGUCUUCUUUUUCGACGGCAGUGGGCCGCCCUUGGGCCACAUGCUGCUGGCCCUGGGAGGUUAUUUGGGAGGAUUCGACGGUAACUUUGUGUGGAACAGAAUCGGAGCAGAGUACAGCAGCAACGUGCCGGUGCGGUCCCUGCGCCUGCUGCCGGCCCUCGCGGGGGCCCUGUCAGUCCCCAUGGCCUACCAGAUCGUGUGGGAGCUCGGCUUUUCCCACUGUGCCGCCCUGGGAGCCGCCCUGCUGAUGCUCAUCGAGAAUGCCCUCAUCACUCAGGCGAGGCUCAUGCUUUUGGAAUCGGUGUUGAUAUUUUUUAAUCUGUUGGCCGUGCUGUCCUACCUGAAGUUCAACUCCCGAAAACACAGGCCCUUCUCUCCGAGCUGGUGGCUUUGGCUGACGCUGACGGGAGUGGCCUGCUCCUGUGCAGUUGGCAUCAAGUACAUGGGCGUUUUCACUUACUUGCUGGUGCUUGGAGUUGCCGCCGUGCACACCUGGCACCUGAUAGGCGACCGGGCUCUGUCUAACGUCCGUGUGCUCUGCCACGUGCUGGCCCGCGCGGUGGCGCUGCUCGUCCUCCCGGUUGUCACCUACGUGCUCUUCUUCUACGUCCACUUGACCCUGCUCUACCGCUCCGGGCCCCACGACCAGAUCAUGUCCAGCGCGUUCCAGGCCAGCCUGGAGGGAGGGCUGGCUCGGAUCACGCAGGGCCAGCCCCUGGAGGUGGCCUACGGUUCCCAGGUGACUCUGAAGAGCGCCUCCGGCAGACCCGUGCCCUGCUGGCUCCACUCGCACCAGAGCACCUACCCCAUCAUGUACGACAACGGCCGCGGCAGCUCCCACCAGCAGCAGGUGACCUGUUACCCCUUCAAGGACGUGAACAACUGGUGGAUUGUCAAGGACCCGGGCAGGCACCAGCUGGAGGUGAGCAACCCACCGAGGCCCGUGCGGCACGGGGACGUGGUGCAGCUGGUGCACGGCAUGACCACCCGCCUGCUGAACACGCACGACGUGGCGGCCCCCCUGAGUCCCCACGCGCAGGAGGUGUCCUGCUACGUGGACUACAACAUCUCCAUGCCCGCCCAGAGCCUCUGGCGGCUGGACGUCGUGAACCGCGAGUCGGACUCGGAGACUUGGAAGACCAUCCUGUCGGAGGUUCGCCUCGUGCACGUGAACACGUCCGCCAUCCUGAAGCUGAGCGGGGCGCACCUCCCCGACUGGGGCUUCCGGCAGCUGGAGGUGGUCGGGGAGAAGCUGUCCCGGGGCCUGCACGAGAGCACCAUGUGGACCGUGGAGGAGCACCGCUAUGGCCGGAGCCAGGAGCAGAAGGAGAGGGAGCUGGAGCUGCAUUCCCCCGCUCAGACGGACGUCAGCAGGAACCUGAGCUUCUUGGCCCGGUUCUCGGAGCUGCAGUGGAGGAUGCUGACGGUGAGGAGCGACGACUCGGAGCACAAGUACAGCUCCACGCCACUGGACUGGGUCACCCUGGACACCAGCAUCGCCUACUGGCUGCACCCCAGGACCAGUGCUCAGAUCCACCUGCUGGGAAAUGUCGUGAUCUGGGCGUCCGCCGGCUUCGCCACCGCGCUCUACGCCCUGCUGUCCUGCUGGUACCUGCUCAGGCGCCGGAGAAACAUCCGUGACCUUCCCGAGGACUCCUGGCUGCGCUGGGUGCUGGCCGGGGCCCUGUGCGCCGGCGGCUGGGCGGCGAACUACCUCCCCUUCUUCCUGAUGGAGAAGACGCUCUUCCUCUACCACUACCUGCCAGCGCUCGCCUUCCAGAUCCUGCUGCUCCCCGUGGUCGUGCAGCAGGUCGGCGAACACCUGUGCAGGUCCAAGCUGCAGAGGAACCUCUUCGGCGCCCUGGUGGUGGCGUGGUACUCCGCCGCCUGCCGCGUGUUCGCCGUGCUGCGCCCGCUGACCUACGGGGACACGCCCCUCUCGCCCAGCGAGCUGCAGGCCCUCCGCUGGAAGGAGAGCUGGGACAUCCUGAUCCGCAAACACUAGCGGGACCUGGCCACACCGCCUUUGGGGACGUGCUGCCCACGGGCGCGGCUCAGCUCCUCUCUGGUCCGGCUCCCGGCAUGGCCCUGCACUGAGCGCCUCCUCUCCAGCCACGUCUGUUCUUGCCCGUGUGACCACACACAUGCCGCGCCCACCAGUUCCUGGGAGCCCCGUCAGGGCAGGCUGAGCACUGAGCGGCCAGCGGGGGCUCGGGGACAGAAGGAAGGUGGGGAGUGGGCAGUGAGGGGCGUUGUUCGGGUCGACGGGACAGGGCCCGACUCCUGCAGACGCAGGUGUGGUGGCGGGACUGGUCCUCCCUCCCGAGCACCCACCGCACCCCGGAGUCGGUGCCUCUGCCCCGAGGAGGCCUGGGGCUGCCCUGGGACGGUGUGGUGUGGAAUGAGCCACCGGAGUGACUGGCAGAGCCUGCCGUGAGCCCCCGCCGGGCUGCUCCGAGGUAGGAGCGUCGUCCACGCCCCGAAAGGUCACAGGUUUGAUCCUGUCGGGGCAUGCGCCUGGGCUGUAGGUUCAGCCCCACCUGGGGUGUGUCCAGGAGGCAACCUGCCAGUGCUUCCCUAUCUCCUGUCCUCUCCCCAAAACCAACAUCCUCAGGUGAGAAUCAGAACGAAAACUGCCCCCAGGAGACGGCUGCCGGGCCAGCUCCUCCCCCUCGCCCGGAGUCGGCCUCAUCUGGUGCAAUGAAAGCCGGACAAAGCGG